UGUGCGCUGAGCCCGGCGGGGUCAAAGUGUGUGUGCGUGACGGCGGGUGUUUGUGUAGCGGUCGGCCGCUCUCCGACCACACUAGAGGCGUCAUGGCGUCAAGCGGCGAGCGAUCUGUCCGGAGCCGUCUCCUCGAACUCACCCUGCUGCUGUCCUGGCUCAGCUGCUGCCCCGCGCUGCCGCACGGGGGAGUGUUCGCUAGCAGGAGGGAUGCCAGUGCGGUGCUCCUUCGUUCGCGUCGGGCGAACUCCUUCCUAGAGGAGGUGAAGACGGGCGACCUGGAGAGGGAGUGCCUGGAGGAGCGCUGCUCCUACGAGGAGGCACGGGAGAUCUACCAGCUCCCUGAGCCCCUGGCCUUCUGGGAGGUGUAUGCAGAGGUGGACCAGUGUUUGUCUGAGCCGUGUGCCAAAGGCUCCACCUGCCUCUCCCAGAACAGAACCUUCACCUGUCUCUGUCGCCCCGGUUACCAGGGCCGCACCUGCCACAAGGAGGAGCGGACCUUUAACGGCUGCCUCUACUCCAACGGAGGCUGUGAGCACUUCUGCCUGGAGGCAGCGGACCUCUCCCACACCUGCCUCUGUUCCCAUGGUUACCAGCUGGCCCCUGACAACAGCAGCUGCCUUCCACAAGUGGCGUUCCCGUGCGGCCGGACGGUCAACCUGCUGCAGCCACGCAUCGUCAACGGACACGUCUGUCCUAGAGGACAGUGUCCCUGGCAGGCCCUGCUCUCUGAGGACCGGGACUUCCUGUGUGGGGCCGUGGUGUUGUCGGAGCGCUGGGUCGUCACGGCAGCACACUGCGUCUGGGGGAGGAGCCGCAGCAAACUGCAGGUCACCGCAGGUAAGCAGGACCUGGAGGUGACGGAGGCGUCCCAGCAGGUGCGGCGCGUGGCCCGGCUGCUGCUCCACCCGCGCUACAACCACUCCUCCAAGGACUCUGACCUGGCCCUGCUGCGGCUGGCGCGGCCCCUGGCCCCGGGGCCCAUGGUGGUGCCCGUCUGCCUGCCGCCCUCCGGGGCCCCCUCCUUCGGCCGCACCCUGGCGGCGGUGCGCAUGUCCACCGUCAGCGGGUGGGGCCGCAUGGGGUCCCGCGGGGCCUCCGCCCGCGUCCUGCAGCGGGUGGAGGUGCCGCGCGUCCCGCUGGGGGAGUGCGGGGCCCGGGCGGGGGGGCAGCUGGCCCUCACGCCCACCAUGCUGUGCGCGGGCUACGCGGCGGGGGGCCGGGACGCCUGCAAGGGGGACAGCGGGGGGCCGCUGGUCACCCGCUACCGGGACACCUGGUACCUGACGGGCGUGGUCAGCUGGGGGCUCGGCUGCGCCCAGCGGGACCUCUACGGGGUCUACACCCGCGUCAGCGCGCUGACGGAGUGGCUGGAGCGCAGCAUGGGGGGGGGGGUAGGGGGGCCUCAUGGCUGUACACCAGAGGGUGGAGGUGUCAUGUAUUCUAUUAGGGUGGAGGUAUCAUGUAUUCUAUUAGGUCGGGGGUAUCAUGUAUUCUAUUAGGGUGGAGGUGUCAUGUAUUCUAUUAGGGUGGAGGUAUCAUGUAUUCUAUUAGGGUGGGGGUAUCAUGUAUUCUAUUAGGGUGGAGGUAUCAUGUAUUCUAUUAGGGUGGAGGUGUCAUGUAUUCUAUUAGGGUGGAGGUAUCAUGUAUUCUAUUAGGGUGGGGGUAUCAUGUAUUCUAUUAGGGUGGAGGUGUCAUGUAUUCUAUUAGGGUGGAGGUAUCAUGUAUUCUAUUAGGGUGGGGGUAUCAUGUAUUCUAUUAGGGUGGAGGUAUCAUGUAUUCUAUUAGGGUGGGGUAUCAUGUAUUCUAUUAGGGUGGAGGUAUCAUGUAUUCUAUUAGGGUGGGGGUAUCAUGUAUUCUAUUAGGGUGGAGGUAUCAUGUCUUCUAUUAGGGUGGAGGUAUCAUGUAUUAUAUUAGGGUGGGGGUAUCAUGUAUUCUAUUAGGGUGGAGGUAUCAUGUAUUCAAUUAGGGUGGAGGUAUCAUGUCUUCUAUUAGGGUGGAGGUAUCAUGUAUUAUAUUAGGGUGGGGGUAUCAUGUAUUCUAUUAGGGUGGAGGUAUCAUGUAUUCUAUUAGGGUGGGGUAUCAUGUAUUCUAUUAGGGUGGGGGUAUCAUGUAUUAUAUUAGGGCGGGGGUAUCAUGUAUUCUAUUAGGGUGGAGGUAUCAUGUAUUCUAUUAGGGUGGAGGUGUCAUGUAUUCUAUUAGGGUGGGGGUAUCAUGUAUUCUAUUAGGGUGGAGGUAUCAUGUAUUCGGGUAUCAUGUAUUCUAUUAGGGUGGAGUUAUCAUGUAUUCUAUUAGGGUGGAGGUAUCAUGUAU